CUACAUAACAGUACGUAAUACAUCAACUUUGUUUUUGAUUAGUCACUACAUUAAUUUAGUUUGAUUGUCUUAAUUUGUAGAGUUAUCCAUAAACACAAGAAAGGGAAAUUGAUUUAUUACACGACUUCUUAAAAAGUUGAAUAAUGAAAGCAAACGAAAAAUGGAUAUCAAGAUGAAGGAAGACUCAAAGUAAAGAAGGAAAACGAAAGAUAAGAUCGAGAUAGAACAAAAUAAGAUAACAUUCAUAGAAGCCAAGCGGUAGAAAGAAGAGAAAUAUCAUGAAAAAACUAGUAAAAUAAAGUUAACCUUGAAAAUAUAAUAGUGAGAGGUCAACAUUAAAAUAUGUGGAAAGGAAACUCAAAAUCACAGCUUUCAUAUGAAGCAAGGCUUACCUAACACAAACAAUAUUGUGGAUUUUCAUGAUUUUGGAACACAAAGAUUUUAUUAUUAAAACUACAUUUGCUAUUCUUCUCAGUGUUUUGGAAAUACAAAAUAACAAUUCCCUGUUUUUUGAGAAAUUACAUCACAAUUUCACGCUGAGAGAAAGAAGAGAAAUGGCUAAUAGAAGGUAAAGAAUCACAGCUCUCCUCUCGUGUGUUUUCCUUGAUGUUCACACAAUGAUAUAACAUGGCUGUUGAUAAAACAUUUUACACAGGAAUGUACUUGUCAUCCAAAGGGACCAAAGUAGACACUAUGGAUAAGCUGGGGAAUACACCUCUUCACAUUGCUGUAGAAAACCAGGAUAUCAGAACGUUGGAGUACCUCAUUGUGAAUGGAGCCAAUACAAAUAUUAAAAAUGAGAUAGACGGCAACAUUCCCUUGCAUAUCGCUGUGAAAAAGAACCUCCUUGAAAUUGUUGAAGUGUUGGUGAACAACCAAACAGAAAUUAAUGCACAGAAUUUCAACGGUGACACUCCUCUGCAUUUUGCUUGUUCUUGUAAUAAUAUCAAAAUGGCAGAGUACCUUAUAAAUGUAGGAGCCAAUGUGUUUCUUAGAAACAGCAGAGGUAAUACACCCUUACACAUUGCAGUAAAAAAAGGAUCUGUUGCAAUGGUUGAAUUGUUGGUUAUCAAAUAUGCUGAUACCAUUGUGCAGAUAAUAGGUAAUCUUAGAAACAAGAGCGGUAAAACACCAUUGCAUUACGCAGUGUUACAUGGUUCCAAUAUAAUUGUGAAUUUGUUGCUGAGCAAACAGUUGGAUUUUAAUAUACCAAAUUUGUACGGUAAUCCUCCAUUGCAUUUAUGUUGUUUUCGUAACAACAUUGAUUUACUUGAACGCCUUAUCAAUAAAGGAGCCAAUAUCAAUCUCAGGGACAAAAAAGGUAAUUCAUUGCUGCACAUCGCAGUGAAAUGUAAUUGUGUCAACAUUGUUGAAGUUUUGUUGACAAAACAGGUUGAAGUGAAUGUGCAGAAUUUUGAUGGAAGUACUCCCCUGCACCUUUGUUGUUUUCAAAACAAUAUUGUAAUGGUUGAGCUCCUUAUAAAGGCAGGUGCAAAUAUAGAUCUCGCAGACAACAUGGGCAACACACCUUUGCAUACUGCAGUGGAUCACGGUCUUGUUGAAAUUGUUGAGUCGUAUCUGGAAAAAGAGGUGAAUUUGAAUGUACAGAAUAUGAAUGGUGACACUCCAUUGCAUCGUUCUUGUUUUCGUAACAACAUUAAAAUGGUUGAACUACUCAUAAGUGCGGGAGCCACCAUAAAUGUGGGCAACAUCAAUGGUGACACAGCCUUAUAUAUUGCAGUGCACAACAGUUUCUUUGAAAUCACUUGAGUUGUUAUUGAACAAUCAAGCGAAUGUGAAUGUCCAAAAUAUAGACGGUUCUUGUGCUCUGAAAUUCCUUUGCUCUAGAGACAACAUUAAGAUGGUUGAACGCUUUAUAAAUGCUGGAGCUGUAGUAGAAAUAAGAGAUAAAGAUUGGUACACACCACUGCAUAUGGCAGUGCAAUGGAAUCGUGUUGAAAUUGUUAGGUUGUUGCUGAGGAAACAUGCGGAUGUGAAUGCA